AUGAACCCUCAGGGAUUCUCCUUCCCUCCGCCUCCCCCCCCGCCUCCUACACAACAAAAUCCGCCGCAACAGCAGUAUCCUCAUAACAACGGGUAUACGCCAUAUGGCCAAAACCACCAUGGUCAACGGGGUGGCCGUGGGGGCAGUGGUGGUCAGUUGAGGGGCCGUGGAAGAGGAUAUGGGAAUAGGGGUGGAGGCAGAGGAGGUAAUUUCAUGAACUCUGAUACGAACCGCUCUGGUAGCUAUACGGCAGCUGCUGGUGGCUAUGCGCCCAUGACCUAUUUAGGGUAUCCGACUCAACAUGUGCCAAACCAACAUGCAGGCAUCUCAGUAGCGCAGUAUACGCAAUCUCCUUCGCAUAAUUUUCCGAGCACCGUAACGGGAAAUUCAUUCGCCUCUACAUCGCAUUAUCCGCAACCCGCGGCUCAUGGGACGACUUAUCAACAUCAACCGAGCUAUGGCACGCCGCAUGCAACACCUACUACCCAACAACCGCCCGCAUAUCCCCCGGCAUACCCGACUCAGCAUGCUACGUCGUCACUUCAGCCGACAAUGAUGGGUCCUCCGAUCCACUGGGGCUUCGAGAAUACGGGGCAUUCGGGAUCAUUUUCAGGGCCGCAGCGUUCGAACCAACGGGUAGCGCGCCAGAACAAUGCCCACAACCAUCAGAACUCUCAUGGAAAACAUGCGAACAAGCGUGACCACGCAUCAGCUUUUGGGAAGCCCCAAUCGACUGCCCCACGAGUUCCGGCACCACCUCCUGUCCCUAGCUUCGGCAAUCCUUUACCUUCGAAACCCCCUACACCUACCGAUUCUUCACGGAAACCGAAAAAGAAGAAGCGAAAACAUAAUCAGCUAGGGUUAACACCGAAGACGGAGGAUCAUGAGUCAAGUGAGGAGGAAGACGAUGCCGACGAAGAAACUAGGCUGGCUGCGGGCGGUGCAGGAGCUGCCGCUGCACUGCAGGUUACCUACAGAGGACGAACGUCGAAUCUACAGUCCCCUCAAGACAUUGCAGCUUGGAUUGCAGAGCGCAAAAAACGCUUCCCCACUCAAGCGAAGAUCGAAGAGAAGAAAAAGGCCAUGGAAGAGGCGAAGAAGGCAAACAAAGCCAAGCAAGAAGCUCAGCGGCAGCAAAAGGAAGCACGCAAGCUAGCGACGGCUCGUGCAAAGAAGGAACAGGAGAAGAAAGAGCAACCUCGAGACUCUUUAGAUCCCGCCGAUGCAGCCGCAAAGGCCAAAAUGAAGGCUGAAAAGUUACGACGGAAAUUAAUGAAGGAGGAGAAGCGGAUAGCACAAGCAGAGGCUGAUGCAGAACGCGCCCGCAAGCGCGACGAGCCGCAGGAGGGCUCGAUACCUACUGCAGUUCAAGCCGACAACCAAACACCCGCUGUCCAUGGCGAACAAGCUAAUGAAGAUUUGAGCUCUGUUAGCUCCGAAGAUAGCGACUGGACCUCUUCAAGCGGCUCUGACCUAUCAUCGUCAGAGUCUGAUAAAAGUGAUGAUGACGAUGAUUCUCCGCCGGACCAAGCGACAUCACGCCGCGAGGGUCCGGAGCGAGUUGCGCCGCCGGCCCGAGAUGAGAAGAAGCGUGUAUGCCGAAAUUUUGCUCGGAAUGGCCGUUGUCCUCGGGGAAAGGCAUGCAAGUUCAUACAUGAAAAGCCCGAACGCGGGGCCAAAACAAAGCCUGUUGAGAACAAGGGGCGGAAGGGUCUCCUCGAAGCGCUCCUUGACCGCCAGAAAGAAGAUGAGAACCACAAACUCAUGGAGACGAUCAUGUGGUUAGGCGAAAAUGGACUUCUUGACGAACCUGCGGCUCAACAAGCUGCCUCUGCGGUCUCUCAGCCCCAUCAAUCUCAUGCUUCCACCACGUUGGAUAGCGCAAGUGGCUCUCAGGAUAAUAAGUAA